AUGAGCCCGAUACUCGACAUUCUCGGCCGAGAUAACGAAGAUCUCCUGUCAUCCCUGCCCUCCGUGCUGGACGAGCAGGCCAAUGCUCAUGCUCUCGGCUCGCUCCGGGUCAAUUCGCAGUGGCAGCAGCACAAGAGCACGAUCGACCACCUUUUGGAGCACGAUCCCGUUAAGGCUCUGCAACUGAUAGCGCGCCUGGUGGAUACGCUUGAACUCUACGCACCAUCGCUCAAAGGCCUGCAAGAGGUACAAAGAUACACCUCUCAUGUACUGGAGUCGGUGGUCUUCGGCAAUGGUCCCGCCAGGCAGGCUGCAGCCUUCUUGCUCGGCCACACCCUUGCCAUGUACCCACUCACAGCAGAAACCAUCUCGCUGACCAUCGAGAACAUACUUCUCGGAGGUGAUUCAGACUUGGCCAUGUGUCUCAUCCUCGGCGUCAAGCGGAACAGCCUGGCCCAAUUCGAGCUCCAUCUACCGACGCUUCUCAGGCAGAUCCAAAUGUCAGCAUUCACGGGCAAGAACAUUGACAUUACUCAAGACGCCCUUAAGCAGUGCAUGCAGCUGUACCAAACAGGCAAGGAGUGGAUCCUGCAAGCUACUCACACCGUAUUUGCUGCCAGUCUCCGCCUUGGUGAUCUGCAGUGGACCUGUUUCAUCAUCUGCAAUACCCCGAUGCUUCUUCGCAACGAUCUCCGCAAGCAUUACCCCGGCACAUGUGACGCCUCGCAGAUUCUCGAAAGCCUACUUGGUCAUCCCAACAAAUCCACGUCGCUGGCGUUGCCCAUCCUCACGACAUGGGAGACUUCCAAAUUCUGCGCAGAGGGCUCGGUCGAUCGAAUCGUACGUUUCAUGCUUACCCUUGACCCAAUCGACUCGCUCGACGGGCUAGGACAAUUGGCCUGCGUGGUGCUCGAGCAGUUUGCACCACACCUCAAUCAAGUGGCUGCAUUGGCUCUCGCAUCGCUUGCUGAUCCCAAAUUGCGGACAAGCUCCCAGCGUCUCCUUGGCCGACUACUUGCUGCGCUCGGCCCCAUCACGCUGGAUACCAUGAUUUCAUACCUCCACUGCCCCGCUCACAUUCUGCUAAUGGAUGUCAAGCUGCUUGACCAGAUGGCAUCACUCCUCCCUAACUUGCGAAAGCGAAUCAUCCAGGUCCUGGUGGAGGCGAUCGACGAUGCUACCACUCGGGGCGGAGACGCCGCCGUUCUUGCGGCUCUGACCGUGUUCCCCCUUCAAGACCCCUACCUCGCCCAACGAGCGCAGGAAUUUGUCCUCUGGAGCCUGGACGAGUCUCGAGAUCAAGCUCAGGUCCUUUUGGCUCUGCAACUCGCCAUUGACGCGUGCAUCGCAACUCCGUCGACAAUGAGAGCACUCACCUACAAGGCAGCCCAGCUCCUCCUUGCAGAUGAUCCUCAUGUUGUGCAUAUGGCGCUCAGCGCUCUAUCCAACCCAAUCCUCGCAAGCACGCUCGACGAGAAGAGCUGUCAGAUGAUCCUUCUCGCUUUGCACCAGUCUCUGGAACCCUCGAUCCAGAUAGUGGCAGCAAAGCUACUGACUCACUUGUCUACUGGUCAUCGAGCAAUCGUCCAACCACUGGCAUGGUCCCACAUCCGCCAAUCCCUCAGUCUCAUGGACUUUUUGCAAAACAUCGACCCCACUCGAGCCAUCGUCGAGGCGUGCAUCAUCAGCAAUCUUCUACCUGCAUUACCCCCAAGCGUCCACACGAAAUACGUUCGUCCCGUCAAGACCCUCAUCCUUCUUGGCCUGGAGCGUACUCACGAAAGCCAUAUACUCAGCCUCAUCUUCCAAGGCUUAUCCAAUCUCGCGAGGCACGGUAGCUGGCAGUCGAUGCAGCAAACCCAGCUCGCGAUUGAUCUCCUCGACAUGUCGCAGGAGAUACCCAAAGACGCGCAGCACGCCGCGCUUAACGCCAUUGCCCGUCUCCUCGCUGCUCCCCAACACCGUAUGGACGGUUACGAGCUAUUGACUACGGUGCAUUCGACAUUCCGCAAGAGCUCCAACCUGGACCCAGAUUCCAAGGCGCUAGUCGCGGGGAUUUACGGACAUCUGGGCACAAUUGAGAGGAAUCCCGUCAUCAACAGAGACUCCAAAGCGGCCAUCAACCGAGAAAAUGCAAUCUACGAUGACCGCAAAGUCCUCCAGUCUCAAGUGGCGGAGGCACGAGACAAGACGGGCGCAGUGAGACAUGUCACUGGGCUGGUGUCCAAGGCGUUGAUGGGGGCUAAACUAUCGGAGGAGGUUCUCGAGGCGAUGACUGGACUGGGGAUACUGCAGCCGGGAGCGACGCUGGUCCCCGAUCUCCCCUCCAUCAUCAUCCGCGAAACCCACGCCAGCCUCGACCGCAAAGCCAAACCACACGCUCUUGUCAUCUUUCUCUCGGCGGCGCUACACUCUGCGCCUCAUUGGCUGCAGCAGCACUGGGGGGAAUCUGCCGAGCUGAUGAGUAGAUGCAUCGCGGAAGGGGAGGUGCUGUCGGUGAUGCGGGGUUUGGACGUUGUACUUAGUUGUGCGUAG